GUUACAAUGUGCUUCCGCUUAUUCUUGUUGAAGCGUAGUCAGACCGUCACUAGAUCAUGGCUACGAGCUCAUCGCAGUUUAUCCUGAGAUGCUAUCGCUGUCAGUUAUUUUCUAUAAUCAGGAGCUAGACCAAAGUAAGUCUUUAUCUCAUUUACAUUUACGAUGUUUACCUUUUGUCUGUAUUAUUGUGCAAUCGCUACAGUUUUAGUUAGGUUAAUGUCGCAUUUCGCAACGCGUUUUUCAUAGUAUAGUUUCUGUUGUAUUUUACUUUAGUUCGAACCACAAAACCUCACUCGCUACUUCGAUCAAAUAUAAAUACGUCUCUGCACUGUCUUCUACAAUUAUUAAAGACAUCUUCACAUUAUAUGUGCGUUCGAAUUGUCUACCCAGCCGCUCGGGUAACUUUUUGAGGUUUCAGUGUACACUAUCGGUUUCAAUUUUGGUCAUUGUUUAUUGUUAUUGCUUUGAAAGCGCUUAAACCAGGGGUAAAUUUUGAAGCUGAAAUGAAAGAAGGGAAACGAGAGGUAUUAAACAGAACAUUUUUCUAAAGAGUUUUUUUUUCGGCGACGGAGAUCGGGAGUUGUGGUCAAAUAUCACAUAUGUGCGUCUAUGUUCGUCUAAUAGAAAGUUAGCUCUACUGAUAUUGGGCAUUUGAGGAGGUUGUAUCGAACAACCUGUCUACUGUACAGGAUUCUUAAUGCGUUUGAAAUGGGGGAAAGUUAUAUCAAACGACAGGAAGGGGAGCUUCAAGCUCUUCAAGCUAUUUUCAUGGACAACUUCCGCGAUUUGAGAGUAGAGGUAAUUUAUUUAUUUAAGGGUAACUGACUCCAAAAUUUUCCUUUUCUUUGUCCCAAUACAUACCUCUUAGGUCAAAGAAUCCUGAAUGAGCAAAUAAACGAUAUAUUAUGCAAAACCAAAUUUUCUACAAUUUUUUUUGACGCUUAAUCGACGGCCAAUUUGAAAACGAGUUUGAUUCAAGUCACAUGAUGUAAUACGUCACUCGUGUGUAAGGCAGUAAAAAGCGUCAUGUCAAGACCUGAAAGUAACAACAUCGCCCUCGCUGUCCAGCCACUGCCGAAAUUUACUAGUGGAAAAAAAAUAAGAUUUGUUCCAUUGUGAUAUAGGCCACCAUUUAGAGACUAUGAAAUACGAAAUAAAAUAAUGAUGGUUGAAUAGUUGAAACGCAACAAAUCGCAUGUCUGCAUUCAGAGCCACAGGUAAUUUGCACACCAUUCCAAACAGCUGUAAAAAAAUAUAUAUUCUCAUAAUUUUUUCCUCUUAACCAUCAUUGCAUCCUAUACUCAAAGAAAUAUUUUUUAGUCCAUGCUGAAAAGUAUUUGACUUUAGAUUUUGUCCAGUGUAUGUCACUGUGACCACAGGCCCAUCAGUUCUGGAGUGAGCAUGACUAAGCACAAAGUAUUGUUGCAUAUUAUGGGAGGUAGUUAUCUGGUUUCAUGAACAAAACUCUUCUUCCACCUUCUAGAAAUGUACAAGAAUUAUUCUUUUUUAUUUUAUUUUUUUUAAAUAGAGACUAGUGAGUAGCACAAAGUAAGACUUCUUGCCGUUGUAACUUUUUGUUAAUUUCUUUUGAUGCGUUUCAUCUCUAACUAAGAGUUCUCUAGGAAUGAUUGCAGCAGCAUAUAUAGCACAUUCGCUUGCCUAAGUUUAAUUGACUCCCAGUGAAAGUGUGUAAUAACAGAAACAUGCUGUAAACAGAUGUUGCAAGAAAUGCCUUGUUAUGAGCGCCACACUCUCGCGUUGUUUCUCAUUUGCGACCAGAAACAUGAUGAAAUCAAUCCUGUCAGAAAGGUUACUUGUUUCAAAAAUGCACCUCUGUCAGCUGAGUGGACAGUAAAUUACUCAUGCUCGUUUAUUUUAAAUAGAACAAGCCGACAGCCUGAGAGGCACAAGUCAUGGGACUACCUAGCUUUCACCAUUUAAAAUGCAGUGCUUUGGUAAAAAAAGGAAACAAGUCAGCGACAAACUCGUGCUAUGGAAAUAACAUGCAUGUAAUGUUUCUCAAAUUAUGACCCGAAAUGUAAUUUUGUAUAUAUAUAUAUAUAUAUAUAUAUAUAUAUAUAUAUAUAUAUAUAUAUAUAUAUAUAUGUAUGUAUACAUGUUCACACUCAAGUUAUCCAAAACUGUCCCACUUUUAGCCGCAUUUACAUUUACAAUGGAUGCAAACAGGGUGUAAAACAAAGGAAAAAAAGGAAACCAGCGAAGUGUUGUAAACAUAGUAAUGUUUAAUAACAAAAAAAAUGCAGAUGGAGUCAGCCUCCCAGUUUCCUCAAACCCUGGAUGCUGGACAAUACAUCUGGCUUCUGCCUGCAACUGUUCCACUGUAACAUCCUUCAAAUUUUUAUUUUUGACCUCAUCUUGCUACUUCUCUGCAGAUGUUUUCUUUCUCCCUCUGCAUUGAUUAGCAGUUUCCACAUCGACACCUUGUAAUAAAAAAAUCAGUAAAGUAGCAUUUUUUUUCACAAUGUUGAAUACACAAAUUGUACAAAUUGUAUGAUUGGUUUUACUAAAAGGAACAGUUAUCAGCUCUGUAAUUGUCCCAAACGUGAGAGAUAACUCAAACUUUAGGCUAUAAACAAGGUGCAAAGACUUCAAGUAAGGAAUAAAUUCUCUCUUAUUUUCGAGCAUUUGUGUGGUAAGAAAACUUAUGGCUUAUGGCUUUGAGUUAUUUUGGAACCUUCUUCUUAUAAAAUCCUCAAUAGCAAACAGCACUCCUCCGAUUUGGUUGCAUUUUCCUUUUCCUCGGAUUUCGAGGCCAGUAGGGUACAUACAUGCAGCGCGUAACACAUCACAGGUAGGUGAAAACUCCAGAACAGCUCUAUAAGGUGUUUUCUUCAUUGCGUGAAGAACAUUUUCCCUUAUAUAAGUUUUCAAAAAUUUUACCCUCAAUUUUUUUUCAGAAGAACUGAUAGGAUUUCAGCUUUUCGUGAUGCGUUUAUCUCAACAUGCUGUGGUAAUAUUUUCAUGUGGAAACAAUGGGGUAAAGCUGAAUGAAAUUUAUCUCAGGUAAAUUACGGAGAUCGCUUGGCCAUCCAAGGGCUGCAAUCCUUACCAUAGUUGCUUCGUAUUUGAAGUCGCUCUGGUUUUGUUCUAGGUCCUGGACAUCUGUAAGAAGUUCUUGGUUUUCUCCUCUACUUAAUGGAAGGACAUGUCACAUUAGCAAUGCAUAAACUUUUGACACUAAGUCGGCUCUAAUUCCGCCCGUCAAUUUUGAAUUAGAUUUUAAAAUCUCCCUGAGAUCUUUUGCUUUGAAUUUCUGGAUGUCAUUUAAGGACGAAAUUUUUAUAUUGUUGUCUGAAAGAACCAUUUUGAAGGGAGAAAUCGCAUUGAAAAGUGCAUUAGAACGUGAAAUGUCAGCAGAUCAGCUGUUUGAAAGAUCCGCAGGGUCACCCCCAGCCUUGUUAUCUUGUGCGCGCGGUUACUUAUCCAAUAUGGCGCAGGGAACUGUAAAAAGGUCAAUUGUUUCUUGAACAUUGCGCGUGUUAAAUAUUCAAUAGUGACAUCUCAUUUACAUCUACAUCUACUUUUAUUAAGUUGGUAAAUUCUGUACCGUAAUCGCACCAACCAACUCGCGCGCAAAGUGAGAAGACUGUAUUAAGGCUUGAAAUUAUAUUAAGAAUGAUUGUGAUCAAGAAAUGGGCAAGGAAUAUUCAACAAUAGUGCAAAUAAUCAUGAAGGAUGAUCGUGUAAGAGCGAUUGUGUGAUGCUCGGUAAGUUGUAAGAUGACAUGUUAUGACAUAUCAGAUGAAAGAACAGUAUAAAUUCUUAGUCUGCAUUUUGUACCCAGUCUGCAGUCUGCAUUUUGUUCCUAGUCUGCAUUUUGUACCUGGUCUGCAGUCUGCAUUUUGUACUGACCGGACUGGUAUUGCUGUUUUGUUUGAGCGAGUCUGAAGUCUGAACUGAAAUAUUGGAACUCUAAAAAGAAUUCUAGUGAAACUAUCCUGGCUACUGUGAUUGAUAUGUGGACUAUAUGUUGAAAAGCUCACGAGAAAAAGUACAGUGUUAGAGCAAUGAGUACUUUAUGCUUAUUGAAGAAGAACGAAAAUGCAUGGCUUGCCAAUAUGGCUACCUCUAAUGCUCUUUUGCGUGGUCACAGUGUGUGUUGAAAUGAACCUGCUAUGGGUCCCCUAGGUGUGAAUAUUUCGGCUUCUCGAUUCAAGUUGCUUUUUUAGAAGUUUGGAAAUGUGAUUUGAGGUUAUUAUUUUUAUUGAACCUUAUAAACAUUUUAUUUCUUUCCACGUGAGUUUCUGAGCUUCAUCAAAAUUAAUUUUGACUUUCACCUAGUGAGGAGGGGUAGCAUGCGAGACUACUUCUGUUCACGGUCCGCAAUGCAACUUCUGUCCACAGUCAACAACUGCGGUCAACAUCUGCUCCAUCACAAUACCUCAUUCAUUGCUUUCAGCACAAAUGAGCAAAUAAGAUGUUCAAUACUUCAUUUAUGAAUGCUAUUUUUUGCUGCAUUGUGUUUUAAAGUAAAAGCUGAGAAAUCUUUUAUCAUUUGCCAAAUUCAACACUGGAAAACUUAAAACCAAUUCAAUUGCAUGGAAAGGUGUAUGAUCCAUCCAAUUCAAUUCCACAAGCAUGUAUGUUUAUAUUUUCAGUCAGGGAAACCUUAGCUUCAGAAGGUGCGUGAGUGUGUCACAAAAACACUUUACUCCUAUGAUAUUCAAGAGGCUACACAUUUGGUUUUCUUUCCUCGAUUGCUCUUACAUUUAAUAAGCGACUGAUUUUCAGAUACCUUAUUUACAAGCAUAAAUGCACUCAUCAUUCUUGCUUUCUUAAUUGAGGCAGCUGUGGCACAUGGGCACAAAGAGGCAUUCAAAGCACCUUGCAUCUGUUUCAAUGUGUUACCUGAGGUAUUUAGACAGUAUUCUGAAGAAGUGACAUUUUAGCCAUCAGUUACCCUUUAAACAAUUAUACUUAAUUGAUUAGGGAUGAAGUCUUGGGAACUCGCCAUAAGCAUUAGGGAGCUGUUUACAAUCUUGCCUAUAAUGGUACUGAUGAAUUAUAUAGUAGUUCAGGUUUUAAUCUUUUGAAAUAUGUAGGAAUUUGCCUGGAGCAUAGAUUAAACUGUGUCAACUUUGAAGAUCAGAGAUUAAUGCUUACAAUGGAUAUUAAGACAGCUCAGAAGGGGUAUCAAGACUUGUUUGUUAGAGAAUUAGAUUCACUUCAUCAUACUUGUUGUGUGUUAGGCCAUUAUAAUGGUCUCAAAGACUGGUAUUUUCAAGAUGUCACUUUUUAAAACCACUAUAUUAUAUGUAUGGAAGUAAUGAAGCUCAGACCUCAUUUCCUCUUCAAUUUGCUGACAAAUCAAUUCUGGUUGCUAAUAUUUUCAAUCUUGCUUAGCAGCCUGACUGUAUGUCUCCUUCACACUUCAUCUCUCUGGCUCACCUCUCUUUUUGUACAUCUUCGCAAUCUCUUCAAGCUAGUGCAGGGAUUUACUUGAAAAAGCAUUUUUUACUUGAAAAAGCAUUUAUUAUUAUUAUUUGCAAUAAGUAGAACAAAAUUCAUUUGUGUUCUGCACAUUGGGGUUUUUUCAUAUUUGUUGUACAACCAUAGCAGUAAUAAAAAUUAACUUAUUUCUAGAGCAUUUUUCAAAUCUUUAAUCCUUGAGGGUUAUAACAGACUAAUAAUUUCCCUUUAAGGCAUCACUGCUGAAGCAAAUAUUAGUCUUAUGAGGAUUAAUUCUUCUCAGUGUCAUAAGAAAUGUUUGAAGAACAGUAUGGAGAAUAUACAUGCUGAUCUUUAAGGGUGUAAAGCAUUUAGUCAACUUAGUUUGAAAAACCUACAACUUAGCUGUUAUUCUGAAAUUGCAGCAAAAGCAUCUUUUCUUUUUUUCCCAAGUUAAGUGGUCCUUAUUAUGUAGCUUAAAGAACCUAGAGAAAUUUCAAGUUCUAAAGAUAUUUUUGAUGCAAAGAGAGUUCAAAUGAUACAUGAGAAUGAAAAUACCAAGACUUUUAGAACAAAGUUUAUUGAGAAAGUGGAGAUCUCUGGCAACUGGGUAAAAUUUACUGGCUAAAUUGCAAUGGCUUGGGCUCUUUUUUGUUCAGUGGUGGAGUGAAUAUUCAGUAUGUCCUCCCCUUAGCCUAACACUGAUCUGUUGUUACUACAUUUCUUAAUGAAAACCCUGCUUUACCUAACAUAAUGUUUGUCUGUCUAUACCGCAUUCAUACUGUCUUGUAAUUAACAAAUCAAACUCCCACUUCGAAUGUCGUAAAUCAAUAUUUGAUGACAAAAAAAGGGAUUCCACUUGGUCCAUUACUAUUCUAUAUCAUGGAAGUUUCACUAAGUUUUGAAUCAAAAAGGCACCCACUGAGGGCUGGGAAGGCAGAAAAGGUAACAUAUUGCUGAUUCUUGGAUCAUGAUGGGUUGCUCUCUGUCAUUUUUAGGAGUCCAUAGCUGUUUAUAUGCAAUGGUGAAGGUAUUUAAGAGGAAGAUGUUAAAUCUUUCAAAAAUUCGCUUUUUGGCAAGAUUCAUUAAUAAAAUGAUUGCCAUAAAAACAAUUUUGGUUGCUUCCCCCAUCUCCUCGCAACCCCCCCCUCCCUUCCACAAAAAAGCAAAACAAAACCCUCCUAUCAAUGGGAAGACAUUUCAUGUCCAAGUACAUGAACUAGGAAGUAAGGUAAACAGUUAGAUUGCAACUUUUGCAUUUGCCAGCUUGGUAUGCUAACUCCUCUGCUGAUUAAAACAGUCAAGAGCAAUAGAAUAAAGAAACUGAUAUCAGGAAGCAGAAAUGAUUUACUACAAAGUUGCUGGGAUUUGGUAACUGACAAAUCAGGUUCAUUAUUAUUUUAGUCUAUUACUCGGCUCAGAACUGAACAUCUCUUAUUUGAACUGAGCUGAAAUAUUGAUAUGGAAACCCUCCAUAUUGUAAAUAACAUCUUGAAACCCUUGAUAUUUAGUCACCACACUUAUUACUGCAAAGUUGAACGUUAGACUUAAAUGCUGCAAAUAAUGUAAAUAAAGUUGAUCUCAACAAAAUCACUUCAACUUGGUCACUGCUAACUUAAGGAUUACACAUAUUCGGGAGUUACAGAAAAUUUGCUGGUUGCUGAUCAGCGAUUUUUUUAUAGAAUUUAGUGCCCAAAUAUAUUUUUCACUUGCUAUGGCAACCAAAACGGUUGCAACUUGGAGCACUGCUGUCAUAUACUACUCCUAUGCUACAGUGUCUUUUUAAGUCUUUCUCAAAUUAGUUGCAUAACCUGGAAACCACACAUUCGUUAAUAAAGUAGCGUAAUUUUUAUGCCAACCCUUAAACUCCGAGAAGUGAUCCACCUGUAACUUCUCCCCAUGGUAUCUGUACAUUACUCAGCAAACAGGAAAUGAGAAUACUGAAACUUAUCAAGUAACAGUUAUCCUGAUCCAACACAAAAUUACUUUAACCAACUUGCACUUGAAGGACAUGUGUAGCAGCUAGAGGGAAGAAUUAACAAUUGGAUACAUGUAUGAUGAGAGUUAAAAGGGCUAGUGGAGAUUAAUUCAUGGUUGCAUUGGUUUUGCUUACCCUAACCAUAAGAUGGUCAACAUCAUAUUUGUGACUUUCAGAUUGUUUUUUUUUCUUUUAAUUAGUCUUUACAUGUAUACUUAAGUUUCAACAAUUUGACUCCUUUUGGUCAGUAAUUUUUUUGUUUGUUAGCAUUCUGCUUUGCUUCAUUCAUUUUGCUCAGGUUCACAUUGUUCAGAGGAAAUGGACUUGAAUUUCAGAGCCAAUGGCAUUCGCUUAAGGAGGCUCGAAAGGGUUUUUCGUUGUUGCAGUGUUUGUGAAACGAUGGAAGAUUACAAAGAAGGAUAUCUAAUGGGGUGGGCAAACUAUAUGUCUCCUUGCAACUCUAUUCCUGGGCUAUACUUUGAGAGUACUUGUGAUGUCAUAUCAGUUACCAUGGCAACGUACAAGGUCCACAAAAACGUCCACUAAAUUUUAGUUUUUGUAAAUUAUCUGAAAAACUAAUUCGGUGACCUACCAUUUUUAUUUCUUUGUUGGAAAGUUCCCUAAAUUCUUUUACUUUUCACACAGUAUGGAAAAAAUUUAUCCAGUAGAAUUAAAUAUAUUUAAAGAAAAUGCGACUUAUGGCUUACAGAAAAUUCUAGUAGAUAAUUUUUCCCGAAACUUUUAUAUGCAAAAAAUCAAGAUAGGUCACCGAACAAAAUUUCGAGCUAGAAACAAAUGUAUUUCGCAGAUUUUAUUUCCGGUUCGCGCAAUUUCAAGCAGCAUUUAACUUCCGGUGUGCUGAUUUUGAAUCAUUCAGCUGACGCGUGCAUCUUAGUUGCGGCGCGUGCAUCUAAAAACCCUUUCGAGCCUCCUUAAGUUCAAUUUAUUUAUCAGUCAGUUGUUGAUGUUGAUCAUUGUUAUUGUGAAAGUUGCUUUCUUAAAUUUCACAUACUGCCUCACAGGUUAUGGUUCUGCAGUAAGCACAUCAUGUUCAAACAUGUCUUCACCAACACAACAAACCGCAGUUAUCACUUUAUGAUAAAAUGAUGGCUGACAAGCGUGAAGAAGAAGAGAGACUCCAAACUGCUGAGUGUCAAAGACUGCAGAUGGAGAUUGAAGCUAACAAAGAACGGGAAGAAAAUGAGGUAAAAAUAAAAUUUGUCCUCCGAAGUUUCUGUAAAGUUAGGAUUAUUUUGCAUGCUUUUGUAGGCUAUAUGUGUAACAUUAUAUUCGUCAUUAAUGUGAUCCUUAAAAUAUAAGGGUGUGUCAACAUAACAACUGGAACGAAUCUUCAACUCUUUCUCUCACAAGAUCUCAGUAGUAAUUCUCCUCACUGUCUACUAUGCAUUUUUAUGAUGUUAGGUUGGAGAAUUGGAUCAACUAAUAAUCUCCUAAUUUACAUUUGUGUUUAUUCUCAUCACUUGUCUACUUGCUUUUGUAUUGAUAUUGUAAGGAGAAAUUAUUUCUUGGUCACACAUGGGAGUUAAAGUGUGAAGAUAUUUGGAAGGAGAGAAUAGGUAAAUUUCGUCAACAUUAGUGUUUUAGCCAAUGAUUUUCUAUUAUAUUGAUAUUUUCUUAGAUUAUGUUGGACACUCGAUUUAAAAUUUCUCUGUUAAGCUUGAGACUACACAUGGGAGUUAAAGUGUGUAGAUGCUUGAUAGGAGAGAAUAGCUGAAUUUCGUGAACAUUAAUGUUGUAGCCAAUGAUUUUCUAUUAUAUUGAUAUUUUUUUAGAGACGUGAGUUAGACGAAUUACUACAGUUGAGAGGUGAAGCUAUGAAGGAGGGCAAACGACGGAGAACUUUUGCUAUUCUUGUAAGGAUUCUGUUAUUAAGUUAACUUUAUUUUAGAGUGAUUUUCGAUAGCUUUUUAUAAAACUAAAAAAAGAAAAAUUACAACGGGCAAUCAAGAGAAAGGAAAACACCCUGAAGAGUUCAUGAGAACUCAUAGUAAAAAUAUGCAAACCGUCUAAAGUGCGGGAAAACGCGGACGACCAAGUCGUGAUUGGUGUUAGUUUUGCAUCUGAUUGGUUGAGAGAGUGGCACGAGUUUUCUGGACCAAGUACAGAGCAGAGUAUAGCGGAACCGAUGCAAUCCUGGAUUAUGUUGGACACUCAAUUAAAAAUUUCUCUGCUAAGCUUGAGACUAUGUGCGCUUUACUAAAUCACUAGGCAAAGAAAACCAAGAGAGAUCCAGCGGCUCAGAGUACAAAGACAAAAGAUCCUGACACCAGCUCAACAAAGGAAGUGCCAGUUCAAAGGAAAAAAUCUUGGAAUUCCACGGCACCUACACAAGCUUUCCCGUCGCCCAAGAAAACAGAGGGAAUGCCUUCUGGCUACAAUGUCAUGAGACGAAGGUGGAGCUCUAAAAGGCUGGGUAAUGAAUCCUUCACAGGGACACGAGUGAUCCACUUCACCAUUAGAAGGAAGCAUAUCGUACAUUGUGGAAAAUGCCUUGGUAAAUAAUACUUGACUUAGGGGGAGGGCCAGAUGGGAAACUACAGUAUUUGGCUCCAAUUCAUGACGCACGGACCGAGUGAGUCCUGUGCAACAUUACCGAAGGCAAAUAUUUCUCCUUCUUGAACAACAUAAGCCUGUACCAAGCUAAGUCUGAACUAAGCUAGGAGGCCUAUCCAGCCGUAACUUAUGCCGGUUUCCAUAGCAAGAAGCGACUAGGAGUAGUACUAUCCCACCCAAUUUUGUUGACUUUCAAAAAUUUACUAGUGCCUGUUAACACCAAAUUGCACUCAAAAACAUGUUGUUACCUAUACAAAUUGUGCUUCAACCUACAUGGGAGGCGAUUAAACACAAAUGAGACGGGCGCGUACGGAACGACAACCUUGCCAAAGUACUUUUUUUAAAAAGAACUUGGCCAGCAGCUAUCCCAAUCUGGUCCAACAAUCGGUUUUAAAUUAACGCCCAGAUGUUGGCAAGGUUGAGGAAGCGAAGUUCACUGGCAGUUGAAGUGCUGCUCAAGGGCUGGAUUAUUAUUUAGGUGGUAAAAGCAUCUCGUGCAAGUAUUGAUUCUUGCAGGAUAGACUUUCCAGGCUCUCUUGUUCAAGGAAGGAGCGUGAAUUGAAGCUAUUUUGUUCUUGUUUCAGGUCAGGGAUCAUCUGGUUCUAAAGUUUACAGUGGCAUGAACAUCACCACGGGAGAUCUUGUGGUGGUGUGUGAAUGGAUUUUGUCGUCCCUUCAUGCAGGACCUCAGAUGCGACGCACGCUGAGUAUCACUGAGAACCAGCAACAAGAUCCACAAGCUAGGCUCAUGAAACAGGUCUUGUUAUUCAUUCAUCUACUUCAAGUUUUUAUUCUGUGAUUUAUUUAAAGUUUAGAACACAACUGACGCGGGAACGGGUUAUGCUUAUGCAAUUUUUUUGUUUUGUCAAUAAAUUAUUGUUUUGUUGUUUGUAUUGUUUUCUUUUUUGUUUUUAUCUCGUUUUGUUCCAUUUCUUACUAAAGGGUAUUUCCUUCCAAAACAAUUAUCACACGACGCAAAAUUACAGAUUUCCAGCGAAAUUAAAAAUAAUUCUGAUUUUUUUGUGCACUGUUUUCACUCUUAGGUGUUCAGUAUAAAGCAGGAGACUUUGUCCUUAAUCAAACGCCUCAGUCAUCCAAACCUGACACACUAUUUAGCCGUUAAUGUCCAGGAAGAAUCUCCUACUGUCAAAGUCCAGGUAUUUGUAAGUGUAAAGUAUUCUAAAUAUAUAGUAAAGGAAGAUUUAUAAUCCUUUUACCCUUUAUUUUUAAAGAAAUCUCACCUAUUCAGCUCAAGAUUGCGAGGAAAAGGAUUAAUUUGGUAUACUCCGGAUAAAGAAGUCUUGAUAUCGGCCCCAUCCAAGCUUUUGAGUAUUCUUUCGAAAACGCAUAGGGCCGAUUAUAUAAACAAAGUUUACCUGAAAGCUAAUAGAAGAAGAGUGUUGAUUUAAUAAAAUCAACCCUCUUAUAGAGAAUACCUGAGGCCCAUUGCUAUGCGUAUCGUUUUUGACACUCUACUCUUCUUGUAGGACAAGGUGAAACAGCGGCUUUAUAUUUAGCGGCGUUUUAAUGCGGAUGAUAGGUGGAAAUUUAAACCAUCAAAGAUUUACGUUUUUGAAUGAAAACGUUAGGUAGUUGUGUUGGCACGUGAAGGAAAAACCAAGAAGGCUAACCUGGGUGAAAAAUAUUUUGAUUCGUUUUCUAAUUGCCUUUAAAACGGACAAAUUUGGUCGUGGCCUGAGGCGGUUAACUGUCACAUUACCUCUAUUAUCUUUCCAUUCAUUAGUAUAAAUAGGUGGCAACAAGCUAUCAGGAAAAAGAUACGAAAAGAAAAAAAAUUUUGAAGGUUGCUGAAUGCCCCUGUUUAAUCCAUGUAACACUUUAAUUUAUAUUUCAUUUUACAGUUUAACCUUUGUAAGCGGCACCGCAUUUAGCGCUCGCCCUUUAUUAAGCGGUCAGUUGUCAAAGUCCCGAAUUACUGUUUCCCCUUAAUUACUGUAAGUUUACCUCUAUUAAGCGGUCACCUCCAUUAAGCGGUCUUGUUGCCCCUAUAUUAAGUCCCAACAGCCUGUUUGUAUUAUCUUCCACCCAUAUCAAACGGACGUUAAAAGAGGAAUUACUCAAACAAAAUUAAGAUUAAUUUUUUGAAGUAAAUUUUGAUGUUUCUCUCCCAAAAUCAAAGUAAGUGGUAUUUUUAAGCGAGAUUCUGGCAUAGUGCCGUUGUGUAUCGCUUUUAUAAUACCCCUAAUCUGUGGAACUUGUAUGAGGCGGUCAUCCUGCCAUUCCCCGCGGGUGAAUGCUUAGUACAGAUUCGACUGUAGCUCCAACCAUUAGAAUGGAUUUCCCCUACCCAAGCCCUUCCCUUACUUUUGUAAUAUAAACUUUUACCAGGGCGUGAAUUUUCCCAAAACUAUGCCUUAUUUUCUCCCCUUAUAAAUUAAUUAAUUAUUGUAUUUUUCCUUUUUUUCUUUUAGGUUUUGUCAGAAUACGUUGGUGGUGGCGAUCUCAGUUUGCACCUCAGAAAAGGAGGGAUGCCUGUGGCUCAGCUACGAGAAUACACUCAGCAACUUGUGGAAGCCUUGUGCUAUCUUCACAGCAAGUCUGUGGUCCAUAAGGACUUGAGGGUGAGUGAAUCAGAGAGGUGCUUGUUUAUUAAUUCAUUACACAUUCGUCUUGAAAUCGUCAAUUUUUCCUGAUAUCCCUGUUGCUCUAGAUUCACUCCUUCCGUUUCGUUCACAGUUAUCUAGUUGCCGCCUUGACUCUGAUGGAUAUAUUCGACUGGCCGAUUACAGUGUUGGGAAAAGGUGAGUUUUCUUUAGUAGCUAGAGUUUAUAAAAAUUCGUUUUCACAUAGCAGAUCUAUUGACUAUUUGUACCAAAUGUUCAACUCAAUAUAAAUCGCCCUUUCUUAAGUGGUAAGCAUAUUUUUUCAAACAAAUUCCUGCAGAUGACGAACAGUUAAUUAACAACUUUUAGAUUUUACCAAAGGAUCCCACCGGUUGAAAUAUUACCUCCCAUUUUUUUGCCAUAAGAAACAUCUUAGUUUUCCAGUAUUUUUUUUGUUUAGUUCAUUCUUAGUUUCAUUUUUUGUUCCUGUAUGUAAUGGUUAUUAUAGAUGCAGUAUCUUUAGGGACGAAAGAUUCCAAACUCAAGGUUAACUUUGCCUCAUUUCUCUACACCUCCUCCCAUUCCCCUUUCCCUCUCCCCCUCCCCCCCGCAUGGCCACGCCUAUCUCGGCUCCCAGUGACGCCAGCGACGUAAAUUGAUGCUGUAUUGCCCAGUGUUGGAUCAGUUUAAUUUUACGUCCGUCAAAGCAACAGCGUAGUUGUUACAAGAACUAAGAAGUUCCCGUAAGGUAGACAUGAGAUUGAAUAUGUUCAAAUAAUAUUCAAGGUUGUCGGAUCUGUACCAAAUGUAUGGUGGGAAUGUGACAGAAACACAGAGUAACGCUGCAGACGGAAACAAAAAAAUAAAUUCUGGUUGCAGAAAGAAAGGAGAUGUCUACAAUUUGGUAAGGGAUAGCUUCGUGAAAUCUUGUUCAUGGGCCUUUGAAAAGCAGGGGUAUCUCUGUUUUUCUUUCCUUAGCUUCAUCCCCAAUUUUGAGAGACACGAUUCGUCUGAGGCACGCUUUCCUUGCGCGUGAAAAUGCUUUCUUUUCGGGGUAUGACAAAGAGAGGCAGAAGGGGUGAAACAGGUACGAAGCUGCAAACAAAACUAAGGGUGGAGCUUAGGGUUUGGGUUAGGUUUAGGUUAAAAUCCAAGCAGCAAAUAGCGGAAAAAUUAACUAAAAGACGCAAACAUGCAUACAAAAAGGGUAGGCUCAGCGUUAUUUAAUCCAACAUAGAAGACGCGACGAGGAUGCUUGAAAUUAAUCAAGAUUAUAACACUAAGACUAUUUUUUUCCUAAGGGCCUACUUGUUCUCUCUUUGGCUGUCGGAGAUGUAAUCUUUGGAGACGUGAAAGAAAUAUCUCCUUCAUUGCCGUCGGAUUUGCGAGACUUCCUUUUUUAGUAAGUAACAGCUCUGAAUUCUAACAGGCUGGACUCAUUUUUCACGCAUACCAAACUCCAACAAUUCGCUGUUAUUUUGCAAUAGUAAUUUUGCGCGCUAGCACAACUUGUGAGAAAUGGUUGUGACAAAGUUCAUGCAAGAAAAUGAUUCUCAAUGAAGAGUAUGAAUACGUGCUUUUAUAAUCAUCCUUCUUCGCAGUUGCUUAAAGACCGUGAAAAGAGACCGGUGGUCCGCAUCUCAGCUACGCGAACAUUCAUUUUUAACCUCUGUCAUGUACGGUAGUUUAGCGAACGGCCAACAGGAAGUUGCAAAGAACAAUGGAAAGGCAGGGAAUGAUGGGCCAUCAUACUUGGUUGACCAACCGGAACGCGAAGAGCCUCUACCUUGCUUCUUAUUCAUCUCGGGAGUUCCUGGAAAAUCCCGAGUAGAAUGCGAAUUUGAGAAGCUGCAGUUUCUCGGGAGAGGAGGUUUUGGAAGUGUCAUUAAGGUACACUACGUUCAUUAGUUGAAACACGUAAGAGCGUUAAUAUCCUGCGAUGAAGAAAUCGGUUUUUUUUGGUCAUAUCUCGCGCUUUGUACAGUAAAAUUCUGAGGCCUUAUGAGGAGUUAAGCCACAGACCUUACAUAAGUGACACGCAAUCGACAUACUGCUGGAGUGAGCAAUGUCGACAGCCUCGUGUGGGAAAAUAGAAUAGGAAAGAUGCUGGAAGUCUUUAAACCUUGUACUGAAAUAAAGGAAGACCCCACAAGUUCAUACGCCAUUCAGUUUUAAUCUUUGUUGUUAUUUUAUUUAUGUAUUCUUUGUUUUUUGCAGGUGCGAAAUAAGCUGGACAACUGCUCUUACGCUGUGAAGCGGAUUCCUUUGAAUCCAAAGAGUACUCAGUUAAACAAGACGAUCAUACGAGAGGUACAGCUGAUCAGCCGUCUGAAUCACGAAAACGUCGUUAGGUACGCAUUUAAUGAAAUCAGUACAGACGGAGUUCUUGUUUACGCAGAAAUCGUGCGUGGAGACUCGCAACAAACUUUGGUGGGACAAGUAAACACAGGGCGAAUCGGGACGCAUGGGAGAAGAUUUGAAAUUAAAAAGGCUCUGGCAAGAAUUAAAGAAAAAAUACCACUGAGUUAACAUUUCGUUUAGUACAACCGUAUUCCAGAUUGCUAGAUUUAAAUAUUUCACUUCAAGGAAAGAAGGACGAGGAAGUUGAAUUAUGAUAGGGUAAUUUUUAGAGAGGGUAAAUUUCGCUUGGUCCUCUGUUAAGCUAGUAUUUUUUAUACGUCUGUAGUAAGUUGGUUUUACAGGCUCCAAUAAUAUUGCUAGUUUGGGAGGAAGAGUCGCAUUAAGUUGGUGAAAUGGUUGUCGUAAAGGAAAUGUUGAAAAUGUGCAUUCUAAGGCGCUUUUAAAGGGAAACGGAGCGCAACGCAUAAUAAAACUGAUAUGUACUGUGCUUAUCUAUUACAGCUGUAUUUUAGUGGGAGAACACUUAGCUCUCUAACCCGUCUACCAGCAUUCCACUCUAGUUAACGACAACAGAUAACCUAAAUUUAAAUCGAAUUUAGCAUGACUAUUAAAAACCCCAUCAGGCAGUGGGUAAACCAGUCGGCUAUUGGUUGGCUAUUGUCGAAGAGUUUAGCUCGAAACUACUAAAGAACAAAUUUAACAGAUGUCUGACAGCAAGACUCAAACGCGGAACCUCCGAGGCACGAGUCCGACCCGCUUACAACUCGCAGUUCACGCUGCCUUACUUCUAGUUACAUUUUCCCUUCUGUAGAUAUUACAGUUCCUGGAUCGAAAUCGCUGAGGACGUAGAAGACUCCUGGUGGCAAGACGAUGAAAAAGGGGAUAACAAGGGGUUUAAAGGAAAUAUUGAGGUGUCGGUUCUUCAGUCUGGAGAUCUUUUAGACACAGAGGUAAGGUAGUCUUGAAAAAUAUAAUAAUAAUAAUCAUAAAAAAAUUGAGUCGUAGUCGUGGCGCUUUUCCAUUAAGUAACUGCUAACUAAGAGAGAAAUCUGUUUUGAUGCUUUACUUCUGCGACCUUGUCUUUCCUUCCGAUAAGGGUGACUGUACAUCGCUUUAAGUGUCAAAAUGGAGGGCUUUGCAAAUCAAGAAACGUGGAAGUGGUUGAAGACAUGGUUGGCUAUGAGUAUUCCUAGGUUUACGUGAUAAACUACUCAAAAUAUUUUUGUCGAGCCUCCAUGACAAACGCUGGUAUGAAAACAUAUUUCGGUUGACAUAAAACUGUAGUCUACUCUGCUUAGAACUCUCACUGUCUAACUGUAAAAACAAAAAAACAGAAACAGAAACAAAAAAAAAACAAUAAUAAAAGAACAAAAAACAAGGGGCUAACAGAAAUUUAAGAGUGCCCAUGGCAGGAUACGUUUUAGUAUUGUUACACGCACAGAAUACAUUAGCUGACGCACGUGAUCACAAGGUUACAGGGUGCUUCGGAAACAGGCUGGCCUCAUUUUUUUUUCUUUUUUCAAGUCCGAAGGUUCUGAUGAAGGAGUGGAACGGCAGGAAACUGGAAACGAGUCCAGUGCAGAAUACGUGAGACUGCAGUACUUGUACAUUCAGAUGGAGUACUGUGAGAAGAGCACCUUAAGGAACCUUAUUGACGAGGGCUUGCAUGGAGAUAAGGAGCGAAUAUGGAGGCUUUUCAGAGAGAUCGUUGAGGGCCUGGUACACAUUCACUCUCAGGUGAUGCACAAGCGCUUAAUCAAUAUGUCACAUGUGUGAUGUAAUCUGCUUAGAUUUUCCUUAGUUAGAGCAAUGUUUAAUUGUCCUAUAUGAAUUCGUCAAUGGCGAAGCUCAACAUCGGGCUGUUGUUAGAACAGUGCUAGCAGAUCAGAAAGUGAAAUCCAAACGCCUUAGAUUCGAUUUCUCGUAGGUGACUCAGAUGUUCUGCUGUUCCACGUACGGGGCAAAACGGAGAACAUAACGCUUUCUUUAUCGCUUUUUUCUCUUUACUGAACAGGGUAUUAUUCACCGGGAUCUUAAGCCCGUAAACUUGUUCCUAGAUUUUCGCGGCCGCAUCAAAAUAGGCGACUUUGGCCUCGCAACCACGCACGGAGUGACACGCGGAGGCAUGGGCACUGACAACCCAGAUUCUAUCGCUAGUGGUCAGUCUCCCAAGAUGAACUCAAGCUCUAAGGAGAGUAUGACAGGCGAAGUUGGUUCGACGCUGUACGCGGCUCCGGAGUUGAAAAAACGGUCUGGCGGUCGAGUGAAGUACAGUCAAAAGGUUGACUUGUAUAGCUUAGGGAUUAUCUUCUUUGAGAUGUGUUACAAGCCUUUCAAAACUUCGAUGGAGAGGGUUAAAGUUUUGGGCAAUUUACGAACGGUAAUUGUAUGUUUACCCGUGCACUACACGCAUGUAAGAACAGAAGAAAUUUGUAAGUUUUCCGUCCACAAGGAGAGAUCAAAAUAGCCAAAAGGGCGUUCUUGUGAUCUACUUUCUAAUGCUUUAAAGUGGAGAUGCUCCUCAUUUUGUUUAUAUUCACUUUUCUGAGCCUAAACUGAAAAGGAUGUAGAAUUAUGCAGAGGCGACAAAGUCGUCGGUGUUUUCACUCUCGAGCAUUAAUAACGCUUUUCAUCGACUCUUGUUCUGUUUGUUUCCUAAUUAGGAAGGAAUCAUCUUCCCAACUGAUUUUGACCACGAGGGCCUCGCCAAGGAAACGAUCUUCCUUAAGUUGCUCCUCAAACAUGCCCCUGAGGAACGCCCUACCUCACAAGAACUACUUCAAAACCCCUAUGUCCCGCCUAAGACAAGAGAUAGUCAGUUGGACGAAGUGCUCAAACAUACGCUCGCUGUACGAACUCUACUCGCUACCAGCGUGUGGUGAAGGCCAUGUUCUCGCAGAAAGUUUCUUUAGUUGGAGACGUAACUUAAGAUAUUGAAAUGUACAUGAGACAGUUUUCUGGUUACUAACGCUUUCAUGAACCGUUUAAACGGAUAGUAAACGGUUUCGCAGUUUAAACGGAAAAGCGUUAGUGUCUGUUUUCCCAUGGAGGGUCACAAAUAGUAUAUUAGCACAAACCACCCAGUAAAAAUUAUAAUAAGCCAGUUCAUUAUUUCUUAUUCCUUUUGGCGGUCUUAUCUUACAGGUAUAAUUUAGCACGCGUGACACCUUUUUUACUUAGAGGUGACUUUAGGUGUAAACAUGUAGUACUGUUCAUCUUCCGCAUAGAAUUUGUAAUCAGAUAACUUGUACGGCUAGCACGUAGCUCUUUUAGGGGCGGUACCUUGAGUACGCCCUUUCGAAUUUUGUGUUUAUUCUCCUGUUACGCAAGAGCCUUCAAGGACUAUUUUCUAUUAAGAUAUCUUUUCAAGUAUGAUUUUAAUUCCGUCAGUAAGUUUAUUAUAAUUUUUAUAUCGUCAAUCUUGUUUUUGUUUUGCCCGAACUUGACCGUAAGACCAAGAGAUUUAAGUUAGAAAGACAUUUUGUAAAGCGUAGACAUCGCGAAGGUAUCUACUUAGCAUGCGAACUCCGCUCUGCGUAGUUUAGUUUGAUUCGAUAGUUAAGUGUAAAAACAUGAUGAAGGUAAGAGAUUGACAGCUCAGUAAGUGUCACCUUUAUAAGUGGUGACCCACACUUUUCUAGAGAGAUCAGAGCUAGUCACCGUUGUAAUAACUUUAAUAAUAAAAGAGAGAAUAAAAGAAAUAACCAACUGAACGACGAGUGCUAGGAAAUUAAUUUCUAUUGUUGUCGCUGGCCCGCAAG